AUGGUAAUUCAGAGGUCCCUGGGCUACAUGACUCCAACGAACGUUGCCUUUCUCAAUCCAGCUGCCGUUAACCUGAGACCCAAAUCGCAAGACAAUUCUUCCAACGCAUUCCAAUCCCUACCCCAAGAAAGAAAAAUGGCUGAGCCUCGCUCUUCUUUCUUUAGAUGCCGCAGUAGGCGCCUGCCCCAAGAUGAAAUUAGACGCGAUGCGAGAGAUGCACUGAACGCAGUGGAUCGGCGGGUGGCUGCGGCACGUAGGCGAGUAGAAUUGGAAGCAGCUCGCCACAAUCGCCAACGUCUUCUCGAGCCACGCGAGAAUCCUCCGUUUGAUACAGCCUCAAGUGAGUAUUCAUCUAUUCCUGGUAUACCCUCUAUGCUGUUGCGCCUUUUACUGAGAUACAAAAAGCAGCCGCGGGGGGCUUCGUUAUCCCGCUAAUACUCCAUACCAUUUGGACCACUAGAGCUGAAAUCGACUUGCAUGCACAGCGUGACCUUAAACAAGAGUUUGAGCGCCGGAUUCGAAUGUUAGAGGAACCUCGUGAAGAAAGUGUUGGUAACGAAGAUUUUGAGGAACGAAUUCAGCAUUUGGAGGCUCGGAUUCAAACAUUAGAGAACUCAAGAGAACAACGUGAAAUUAACGACUAUUUCGAGGAACGAAUUGAUAAUUUGGAAAACCUUCGCAAUGGAAUACUGCGAAGAUAUUGGAGACUGCUUGUUGGAUGA